UGGGGCGCCGCGUGUCUCCAUCCCGUGAGCGCCGUCACGUUUGCUGAGGAGCCACCAUUAGAAACAUAGGCAAGCUGAGAAAGCGCCGGGGGACCUCCGGCAGCUCAAGCAAGGUGGCGAUGGCGGCGAUCAGGAAGAAGCUGGUGGUGGUCGGGGACGGGGCCUGCGGGAAGACCUGCCUGCUCAUUGUCUUCAGCAAGGACGAGUUCCCCGAGGUCUACGUGCCCACGGUGUUCGAGAACUACGUUGCGGACAUCGAGGUCGACGGGAAGCAGGUGGAGCUGGCUCUGUGGGACACGGCGGGCCAAGAGGACUAUGACCGACUGCGGCCCCUCUCUUACCCCGACACCGAUGUCAUCCUCAUGUGCUUUUCUGUGGACAGUCCGGACUCUCUGGAGAACAUCCCGGAGAAGUGGGUGCCCGAAGUCAAGCACUUCUGCCCCAACGUGCCCAUCAUCCUGGUGGCCAACAAGAAAGACCUGAGGAACGACGAGCAUAUCCGCAACGAGCUGGCCCGCAUGAAGCAGGAGCCGGUGAGGACCGAGGAUGGACGGACCAUGGCCGUCCGGAUCUCCGCCUACGAAUACCUGGAGUGCUCGGCUAAGACCAAAGAUGGGGUGAGGGAAGUGUUUGAAACGGCCACCAGGGCGGCGCUGCAGAAGAGGCACGGACCCAGCGGGGAGUGCAUGAGCUGCUGCCGGCUGCUAUGAGGGCUCCAAUGGUGGACUAUGGAUGGAAGAGCCGAUCUGCCCCAUAUCCCGGU